ACCAAAAUGGCAGCAAAUUUCCUCGUGGAGAACACAUUGUCGGAUUUUUUAAAUGCCACUAAAAAACUAGAGGAUUUUUUAAGCCCACAAGAAAAAUUAGCAGUUAAAUUUAAGAAAUGUACAAAACAAUUGUAUGACUGGAACAUAUUAAGUGAAAUUACAGAGAAGAAGCAUGUUUUAUCUGAAUUAAUUGUUGACUAUUUUGACGAGGAACAAAUAUGGCAAGAAUUAGAAUUAAACAAUGAACUAGAUGUGUCAAAUUUACUGUCUUCUGUUUCACAAUUAGUAGCUGGAAAAAACUCUAUACAUUUUAACAUUCAAAACGAUGAAAACACGCAAAAUGAACCCGAAGAUGCAGACGAUUCAGAAAAUGAAGAUAUUGAUAAUCCACAUGAAAGCGAAGAAUCUGAAGAAAGUGAAAUAGACAAAGAGAUUACAAAUUAUAAAUCACAGUUAAAUGGAGCAGAGAAUUCUGAUUCCGAAGAUGAAAUUGAUUUUGACUUUGAUAAUGUUGAUAUGGGAAGUGAAGAAGGUGAAACAGAUGAGGAUAUUCUUAAACAGGGUGAAAAAGACAAAAAAGAUAAAUCUUCAGCUCCAAUUUCAAAAUCUAAAUCCUCGAAAAAAUCUAGUGUGGUUGAUGAUAACUUUUUCAAGUUGUCUCAGUUAGAAGAGUUUCUUAAUGAACAGGAAAAUAGAGAUGAACGAAAAAGAAAGAAAGAUAUGGGAGAUGGAGGAGCAGAUGAUGAAGAUGAUGAUGAUAUUGAUAUGUUUCAAGAUAUUGAAGAUGAGGAGGGGGAAGAUGCUAGAAAUGCAAUGUAUGAUGAAUUUUUUGAUGAUGCUGAGGGUGAAAGUAUGGUGGAAAACAAGCAAGUUAGAUUUAAGGAUGAUCAAGAAGAUGAAAUGAAAGAUGAUGAGGAUGAUGAUGAGGAUGGGAGUGAGGAAGAAGAUGAUGGUGAUGAAGGUGAAGAUGAUCAGGAGGAAGAGGAUGAAAAUGAGGAGGAGGAGGGUAGUGAGGCAAAUGAAGAUGAUAAUGACGAUGAAAAAGACUUUGAAGAAUUAAUGAAAACAAAAAGUAAAGUUGAUCUACUGAAAGCUACAGAAAGUGAUGGAGAAGAUGUAACAGAUAUACUUGGUGGUGGUGCUAAAAAAGAAGAUGUCAAGUCAUCAUACGAGAUCAGACAAGAUAAAGUACUCUGA